AUGUCCGGGUCUCGCAGCGCUCUCAGUGUUGUACGUCUGGCGGCUUGUGCCAAGCCGUGCACACUUGGCUCGACGUCGUCGGUCCUGACAAGACCGUUCUCGCACUCAGCACAGCUCUGCUCGCCUGCCAAGCCAUCCAUCAAAGCCAUCGGCGAGCUACGCAAGCUGGUACCAGGUACGUCUAUGCUCAAAGCGAAAGAAGCGCUGCUUGCGUCGCGCCCUGCCAGCUCGCCCGACACGGACUCGAUCGCACUGGCACUCGAAUGGCUUGAAGCCGACCGCAAGAAGAGCGGAGCCAAAAAGGCGGACAAGGUGGCCUCUCGAACCGCCCGAGAAGGUGUCGUCGCUGUAUCGAUCCUCUCUGACGGACUUCCGAGCUCGAUCGAGAUGCAGGGGGAAUUGAAGGACGAGGCCAAGAGGGCUGGUAUUGGUGCAACGAGUGCUGCGGCAGGUGCGAUUGUCGAGAUCAACUGCGAGACGGAUUUCGUGGCCAAGAACGAGGUGUUUGCUCAGUUGGUCAAGGACGUUGUUCAUACAGUGGCGUUGUUCCCAGGAUUGAGCGCACAGAGCGGAGCAAAGAGAGGACUUGUUGAGGUACCAGUGGAUCAGCUGUUGGCGUUCCCGUUGCUUCCCAGCAGUCGUGAGGCGACAGGGACGAGUGUAUCGGCCAAAACGGUGGGUUCGGCGAUCAUCGAUGUGGUUUCGCGACUCGGCGAAAAGAUUUCGAUCGCGCGGGCUGCUGCGAUCGUUGCACCCAGCGUCCCUUCACCAGAUGCGACGAGGCGAUCCGAAAGUGGCACGGCUAGGGGUGGAUCGAUCGUCGAGCUCGCUUCGGCUUUCGCUCAUGGAGGCUCGGCUGGCUUCGCUGCUGCCAAGGACGUCUCGAAUCCGGGCUACGUGUUGACCAGCGGUAAAGUCGCUUCGCUCGUCAUGACGCGUUUCGCCAGCGACAAACUGCCAGAUGCGCUGCAAGCAGGUUCGAUCCAAUCCAACAUCCGAGCGCUCACCCGAAGUCUGGCUCGACAAGUCGCCGGUCUCGAAACCAACUGCAUCGACUCGGCCGCAACUUGCCCAGUCGACGGCCAAGUCAGCAGUGCUCUGUACAAGCAGCCGUUUAUGAUGCUCCUCCCGGCUGCAGCUCCAAGCUUGGAGAGCAACGCUCAACCCGUUCGACAAGUCCUCUCCACCUGGGCAAGCCACAACAACCUCGACAGCAAUGGCAACAACGUCGUCGAAGUCGUCGACAUGCAUCGAUGGGAACUUGGCGAGACAAUCGCCCCACCAGACGACGCUGGACCAGGAUUCGCCGAUGAGGUACGAAAAGCUGCUGGUCUCGCCUAG